AUGGAUGGCCAACUUGACCUUAACACUAUCUUAGCUGCACUAAACCAGAUCCAAAUGGAUAACCAAACACUUUAUCAGGAAAAUGUAGAAUUAAAAAACAUUAUUGAUCAACUUCGUGGUCAAGGAGGGGAAAAUAUACAUUACAAAGAACCAAAGGUUAGCCUUCCGGAUAAAUUUGAUGGGUCACGAGCCCAAUUGGGUCUACUCAGAAGUUUACUUACUGGGCUAGCUCUUGUCUGGUUUGCACCAUUAUUGGAAAACAGAUCACUAUUACUAGAAACUUUCACAGAGUUGGUUAGUGAGUUUGAAGCUACAUUCGGUGAUGCAGACAAAUCCAGAACAGCAUCGAAUAAAAUUCGAAAACUUACCCAAAGGUCCAGACCAGCUUCGAGCUAUGCUUCCAAAUUUCGGCAAAUUGCUGGUGACUUGAAUUGGGGCAAAGCAGCUCUGAUUGACCAAUUUAGAAAUGGACUCCGAAAUGAUGUGUGA